ACGGUUUUUCUUUUUCGAAUUACAUAAAUUUUGCAUUCUUGGACGUUCUUCUACCAAAAUCACAAAAACCAUUGCAAAAAUGAGUGGUAUUCGUCUUGGUGGAGCUUUGAAAGAGCUGAGGAUCCACCUCUGUCAGACCAGCAAGCAGUCAGCUGGUGUGAGGGAGUUUAUCCAGCAGCACUAUGUCAACAUCAAAAAGGAAAACCCGUAUUUCCCUAUUUUGAUUAGGGAAUGCUCUGGAGUUCAACCUAAAGUAUAUGCCCGCUUUGAAAAAGGUGUGGAGCGCAGUACUCCUCUGACUGAUCUAUCUGCUACCGAUGUUGUUAACUCCAUAAAGCAACUAACUGCUUCAAAGUAAAUGUUUUAUUUUAUGUUAUUAAUAGAUUUUAAUUGUAAAAUAUAGUUUGUUCAAACAAAAAACAUUUAAUUUAUUUGUGACUUAAAAACCUUAUGUUAAAAUAACAAUAACACAAGUUAUUUUAUGUACCAAAAAUUGUUUUAUUAAAAAUAAAUAUCUCAACUCUAGACAUCUAUACAAUUCGUAUUCUAAAAAAUAUGAUUUUAUUCUUACCAUUUAAAUGUCUAUACUUACAAAAAUUAUAAAUUUUACUACAUAAUCAUAUAAUGUACUUUUUGUUAUUGAUCUGAUAAAACUGUAUGAUAUUUUUUGAGAAUCAGAUAAAUGAUUCUAUGUUUUAAUGAAAAAAAAAACAAGUGACCUAGAGACUAAACAGAC